AUGGAUUUUGUCCCUUUGUUGUUAGGACUCUUGUUAGAUUUGGGAGAAUUAAAAGCAACAGACGACAUCACUUUGACAACUGCUAAAGUGCUUGAUGAAAUCUCUCCGAAGCCAACGGCGAUGCACAGGAGAAUUCAAGUGGAAACCAACUUUGAAGAUAGACCGAUACAGCCCUUAGAUUUGUUCCGUUUAAAGGAUAAAGAGUUGAGGCGAUCCCGUUCAAAUGUUUGGAACUGGGACUACUGGUGUAAAUUGCAGCACAAGACGGGUAAUUGUUCAAAACCUAGAACUAUGACUAGAUAUUAUUAUGACGCUCAUUUGGAUCAGUGCUUGACGUUUUUGUAUUCUGGCUGCGGUGGUAAUAGAAAUCAAUUCGAAACGAUUCAAGAUUGUGAACGACUAUGUAAAGGUGCCACUUACAUGCCAGAACAAGAUGCAGAUGGGAAAAACUUUUGUUCAGUGCAACCCGAUUCAGGGCUUUGUAUGGCUAUGUUUUACAAGUAUUAUUUUGACGUAAACGAGAACAGAUGCAAAACCUUCAUUUACGGGGGUUGUGGCGGCAACCAGAACCGUUUUAACACCAUGAGCGAGUGCAUGAAUGAGUGCCAACAAGAUGCCGAAGAUUUUGAUACUUAAUCUAUGCCAAUAAACAGUGUCUAGUCA